AUGGCGGACUCUUCGUGCACGUCUGCUACUGCCGCUGCGGCGGCUACCGCGGCCCCCGCCUUUGACUUCCAGCCUCUCCAGAAGAGCAAUGUCGACCUCUUUGCUCCGGCGCCGCAGGUGAAGAAGCUCACUCGGCGUGAGAAAGACAAGAUGCUGCGCGAACUGGAGGUGAAGCGAGCCAAAGAGCGCGCCGUCGAUGACGCCAAGGACGCGGGCGGCAAGGGUAGGAAGGCGCAGCCGAGGCAGAGCAACAGAAGUGCCGCGGUGGCCGAAGUGGUGCGCGCUGCCACCUCCUCCUCGUCCGGUGACGCCAACGGUAUGAGAAGUAAGGGUGAGAGGAAGAAUGGGCUCUUCGAGACGGUUUUCGACACAAAGGAGGUGGAACAAGAGCUCGCCGCCCAGGAGGAUCGCCGCAACCGGAAGCGCUCGAAGAAGCAGGUGCUCCGACAUGCACUGCACUCCAACGAAGAGGAAGACGCACGCACUGUCUUCGUGGGCAACCUGCCCAACACUAUCCACAAGCGCGAUGUGGAGAAGAUUUUCAAGUCGUGCGGCAGCAUCACGGCGGUCCGCAUCCGCUGCCAGGCGCUAGAGGAGCUCGACGAGAAGCACCAAAAUAUGGGUCGUGCCGUGCGGGUACUGCGCGGCGAAAUCAAGAAGGACGCGAAAUACAGUGCAACGGCCUACGUCCUCUUCGACUCAGCCAAAUCUAUCGCAUCCGCCCUGGAAAAGAACGGGCUGGUCUUCCACAGCCGCCACCUGGUCGUGACGACAAUGGACGUCGAGAGCCGUGCGUACCCGCCAGAGACAUCCAUCUUCCUCGGCAACGUGGCCUACAACACGACGGAGGAGGAUGUGUGGAGCUUCUUUCAGGAGCACGGCAUCGCAGAUGUGAAGCGAGUCCGCCUGGUGCGGGAUCGCGAGACAGGCGACUGCAAGGGCUUCGGUUACGUUGAGUUCAUGCACGCCUCAUCUGUCCAACCUGCCAUAGAGACCCGCGGCGACAAGCUUAAUGGGCGAGAACUGCGCAUCGUGCACGUUAACAAGUCAAAGGAGGUGAAGGUGGCGACGAAGAACCGACGCGAGAAGCGACGCGGUGAGCACGCCGGCGGCCGUGGCGGCGCAGAGGAGCGCAAGCGAUCGCGCAGCGGAGGCGACGGUGACGGUGGCAGUAGAGACAGCCAAGGCUACUCCAACUUCAAGAAACCGCGCACCGAGUCCGGCCUUCCUUCGUGGGCGGGUUUAACGACAAACCCGCGGCGCAAGAUGCCGAAGGAUCUGCGGCCGCUUGUAGAGGGCAAGGUAGAGUUCAAGCCGCGCGGCCCACGCGCGCCGGUGAAGCGCAAGACACGCAACCCAGAGAAGUAA